UCCACCUCUCAUUCCAUGCCUGCCUUCACCACCCUUCCUCUCAAAGCGAAACACAAUCACACCAAACCCAUUUCCUCACUAUACACAUAAGCUUAAGCAAGUUUGACAACUAGCAGGUGAAGAAGAAACAACCUGUUGAAAAGGAAUGGCUUCCACUUCUGCAGUUUCAAUGGCAAUGCCACUAACUUACACCAGCCAGAAGACGGUGGUGUGUAGCUCUGGGGCAUUCUUCAAUCCACUGCCUCUUAGGUCUUCGAAGAUUGUAGCAUCAUCAAAACACAAUGGAAGGUUUCAAGUCAGGGCAUCCAUGAAAGAGAAAGUUGUGAUGGGGCUCACGGCGGCUGCGUUGACAGCUUCUUUGAUGGUUCCUGAUGUGGCUGAAGCAGCCGUUUCACCUUCUCUCAAGAACUUCUUGCUAAGCAUUGGAGCUGGUGGAGUUGUGGUUGCAGUCAUUGUUGGUGCUGUGGUGGGUGUGUCCAAUUUCGAUCCCGUCAAGCGAAGCUGAUGAAUUUCCGUCAUGCUGCUGGGAACUUCUUUUCUCUUAUCAUGAUAUGUAUAUGUAAUGUUCUUCAGUUAUGAAUUGAACCCUCUUUUGUGUGUGUACUAAUAUGUGACUCUUGAGCUCCACAUGAACAGAAGCUUCUCAAUUAUUAAAAUGUAAUUUUCAUUUUGGUACA